CAAACUGGCAACCCUGCCAUCCGUCAUCCCAGGGUAGUUGUCAUUAGCAAAGCUGUCAUCAGCGAGAAAAGUGAAAUCUAUCCGCACCGCAGACGCCAUUUAAACGUUGGCGCAAGCCUGGAGAGAGAGAAGACAAAAUAUUUUUGUUUUUUCCUAUCAUCCUGGUUCUGUUUGGUUCCACAUUUCGUUUUAGUUUACCAUCGUAAGCCUUAGCUUAACACGUAGCAGUAAGCCAUAGACGCAGUAAAAGACGUAUGCGAUGAUCCCGAGAACUAAAGUGUUUGUAGGCAGCUUGCCUCCUGCGACGAAGCCGGAGGAAGUACGCCGGUUAUUCGAAAACUAUGGCGUGGUUACGGAAUGCGACGUAAUGAAUCGGUGCGCGUUCGUCCACAUGCAGAAUCAAGAUAUGGCGGAAAGUGCGAUCCAGGCGCUGCACAACACCACCUUCAAAGGUGUUACGAUCGUGGUAGAGCGUGGCCGUGUCCGGGAACGGCCCCCGGGCGGUGUUGGUGGCGGCGGCAUGGAUAGUACGCGUGGUCGCCCCGGUGCCGGUCCAAUGCGAGGAUCGCGUGGAGGAAUGCGAAGCCAACCGUACGGCGUUGGUGGUUACGGAGCUGCUCGCGCACCGGGCGGCUAUGGGGCACGUGCAAACUAUGGCACCGGUGGUCGCUACGAUGGAGGUUAUAGCUAUAGGAAUGAUGUUGGAUACAGUCCCUCCAGUAACGCGUAUGGGUACGGGUACAGUAGCAACGGUGGCGGCUAUGGUAGUACGCGUCACUCUAGCAGCGAGGAUCGCCGCGGCUUCACGUUACCAUCCUAUCCCUCCGAUCCGAGUAGGGGUACGUACGGUAGCAAUUAUGAAGGCUAUUCCAACUAUGAUGGCUAUAGCAGCUAUGGUUACGAUACCACACAAGGAUCCUCCAGCUACCAGCGAUGGCCAUCUACAACUCCGGCAACAGCAGAUAGCUACUCAUAUGCUGGCGGCUACUCACAAGGAUCGGUGGACCCUGGAGCCGUUGGUCAAAGUACAGAUUAUAGUCAAUCUUAUCCUUCCAUGAGUGGUAGCUCAUCCGGAUACCGUGCAUCAACAACUGCUUCACCACAAUCCUACCGCAAUUCCGUUUCCGGUUACGGGCAACCCACGUCUGGCAGAAGGUUCUAACAAGGUGCCAAUCGACCAGCAUGAGAAUGUGUGAGAUGAGCAGCGGUAGAUGUCUUAUAUGUUUUACAUGCGGCAUAACGUCCCACAACCUCAUGAUAUAAAAAAAACAACCGCCAGGACCUUUACAAACAAACGUUCACAGUAGCAUGCACUGUUGUUGCUGUCGAUCAUCAUCCUUUAAAACCAUCAUCAUUAUUAUUGCUCACGAACUUCCUUAUUAAACACAAGCUAACAAAAUUGUGUAGACUUUCGGUACUACACGGAAAGUUGAUACUGUUACACUUACACCAAUUUUUGAGUUUUGGGUAAGAAACGAUAAAAGUCAUAAUUUACUUAAUAUACUACCAUAAUGGUUAAGACUGCAUACCGCACAGUCUACCCCUGAUUAAAGUGAGUUAAUGAUUUGAUACUGUUUGUACUCAAUUUUGCGUUGUUAAUUUUCUCCUUUCAAAUUUGCAUCAUACAUCUUUUGCGGGUUAGCCAAAACCUCAACCUACGAUUACCGUCGUCGAAAAGGCAAACUCAUUUAAAACUGCUUAGGGUUUUGUUUUGUUAUAAUCAUUUACCGUAGUUUCACCUUUUUCGUACAGAAAUAGUAGAACAUUGUGUAAAGAGCUCGGGCACUCAAGUGGAAGGUCACACACUGGCUGAAUGAAAGAGUCUGCCAGAGAAAGAUGAGACAGUGCGUAUUGUGAAAAGAGAUUAGAAAGACAUAAGGAACGACAUGGCGAUGACAAUGCACGGUGGUCUACGUUAUACAGCGCGGUAGAAUAAUAUAGACUGGGAUUUCGCCCCCGGGGGAAGAAUGUUUUGUUAGACAUCAAGAAGUAGAGUGAGCAUUUUGUGUUUUUUUUUAUAUCUAAUUAUUUCACUUGGCCAAGAACGUUCUGGAAAACAAAAACUAUUCUCUAGUGUAUUUAUAUAUAUACAUUACAAACGAUUAUAUUUACGAAAUCAACGCGCAGAAUGGCAAUCCAGCGGGACAAGCAAACCGGAAACACAUCCCCCGCAAUGGUAUCGCUCGAUCUGUAAUAUACACAUCCUCAUUCAAACGUACACACUCUCACACAUACAGUAAAAACACACACACACACACACGUACAAUUGCAUAACACGCGUACAGAACUUUUUUGUUUUGAUAUAGUAUAAUAAAAUCGAAAAUCAAUUAAGAUUA